GAGCUUAUAUUUCUAUGGCUGUUAAGGGUAAAGCCAAAGAACUCUUGGCACUCAAAACUGUCGAGGUUGAAUAUAUAAGGGUACCUUGUGAAUACAAGAGCCACAAUGUGUCCGUAAGAGUAGAUGAAAGUAGCAAGAAACCAGAUCGUUUAGUACUUACAUUCCUCUACCAAGGUGGUCAAACAGGAAUCUAUAUGGUCACAGUCUAUGCUCAAAAUAACUUUACUAGGAUCGAGAGAGAUAUGGACCGAAUAUAUGGAGCGGUCUGGGAAAUGAACAAGGUUCCCGAAGGAAGUCUCAGUUUUAGGUUGUUUGUAUACAACGGAUAUGAUCGAUCAUUCGUAUAUUCCAACAAAGAUUUGCCUGCUGAUUGGAAAGUUGGAGAGAUUUAUGAUUUGGGUGUUCAAAUGAAUGACCAAAUGGAUAAGCAAGAUGGCUGCACCCCUAAUUGUACCGAUGGUCAACUUGAUCAGUAGAGGCAAACGGUGAUGGCAAGUUAAGUUCCGGCUUUUCGAUGAGAUUGGGA